AUGUAUAACUCGAAUAUUGAUAAUUCAUCAAAUUCGGCUAACAUGCCUCCUCGUGGUAGUCGUGAUCGAUCAAAAUCACAUAUGCGAACAUCGAGAUCAUCGACAUCGAAUCAAUCAUUACAUCGUACAUUGAGAAGUCAAUCUCCAUGUUCAUCGAUUAUCCAUCGGUCAACAAAUCGAUCUUCCUCAGGUACUUUUUUAGGACGAAGUCAUAAUCUAAGAAACGUUCUAGCUGAUUCAAGUAUUCAUUCAAUCAAUAUUUUAUCAUCAUCGAUUCAUUCUGGAAAGAAUGUUCAAGCUAGUUUAGAUCGAGAUCAAAAUGAUAAUGAUAUAACAAUGGAAUUUAAUGGUAUUGUUAUUGAUGUUAAUUCUUAUCAAAAUCAAACUUUUCCAGCUACCACCAGUUCUGUUCAAACAAAUCAUCCAUUUGAACUUGACAAAGCACUUUCACCGAAAAUGGCAACAACUUUGUCAGGUAAAAAAACAGCUGAAGAAGUGUGGAAAUUCUUUGAAAUGCAACAUGAUGGCACAUAA